CUCAAUCUCUGCCAUUUCAAUCUCAUCACAGUUCAUAUCUCGGUGUAUUUUGUCAAUGUCUUCAUAAUCUUCAAUCUGUAAAUAAAUUUUGUUUUCGAUAUCGAUCAAAAUGCUGAUCUUGGUGUAUUAAAUGAUGUGUUUUACUCUCUGUGUCGUUUCAAUGUCAUGAAUCAGGUAAAAUGAUGGAUCUCUUGUUGACGACGAUGAUCAGGAGACGAACAUUGAGUAGCAGAGACUUGUGAUGGCCGAUCGUGCUACGGAAUUCCAGACCUUUGAUUCUCACUCUGUCUCUUCAUCAUCACUGUUUCCUGACCAUAAACUCAAAUGUUGGCUUGGGGACGAGUGUCAAAGCACCGUACCUUUUGAUGAUACCAUCGAGCUCAGAAGUCCCUCCGUGGAAACUCAAUUGGAGAACCUUGAUGGUGAUACUGAGGUACUAGAUAUUCCAGAUUGCAUUGAAGAUAUAGCAACUCAGAUGGCAGAUGACUAUGAGGAUGAAGUUGUGCUUGACAGUGAUGAUGAAACAGUGCAUAAAACUGUGACGGGAAGUAAGAUUUCAAUUAGGAACAUGUUUGAUGGGAAUAAGCAAUCUGAAACUAAAUGUGAGUCCCAAGAUGGCAAAAAAGACAGUGCGCUGCUUACUUCUGAGUGUGAGACUGCAAAGCUAAACUACAAUGAAUCUCAAGAAGCUGGAGAGUUAUCACAAGCUAAUGCGUUGGGUUUUCUGGAUCACUAUCUGUCAUUUAACAAUAUGAAUUUAUCUGAAGAAAACUCAUUGACAAAGACAGGUAGGCAGAAAUCACCUCCAGUUUUAUGUACAAAGGGGUUUCAAAGUUUGGCCAGGAGAGCUACUUGUGGAACCUCGUUUGGUAUGUCAGGAACCUUUGAAUGGGAUGACGACCAAAUUGAAGAUGGAGAGGGGAAUCUUUUGAACAAUAGUAAGGAUUUGCUCUUAAAUGGUGAAGUCCCUGAACCAAGAUCUGUUACCAGGAAGCCGAAUGUCCAAAGACAGAGGAACUUAGGCAUUCAGUGCAAAGAGAAAUUGCAAGGGGAAAUGAUGGGUGCAAAAUUUUCCAAUUCAUGUUUAAUUUCGCUCAAUUCUAAGGAGGUUGGUGCUGUUGCUGAAGUAUCUGAAAUGAAAUUUGUCAAGGAGAUGGAUGUUCAGCUAGAUGCAGAAACAUCUGGGCUGCAGUUAGAUCCUGGUCCCAUUGGAAGGGAUGUGCCAGAUAUAUUUGAUGUUGGUUUUGAUACUCAAAUGGCUGCUGAAGCUAUGGAAGCCUUGUUUUACGCACCCCCUCCCAACUCCAACAUUGAUUAUGCUCAUCAAGAUACAGAAAACAGUAUUGAAGAUUCUUCGAAAGGUUCCUUUUCUACAAGGGUUUGUUCUAAUUCUGGAGUCACUGCAAGAAAAAUGAAGCAAACAAAUAGGCCUUCCAAGAAGCUGAGUGGAAAAAUCUCCAGUUCAUUUCAAAGGAACACAAAAAAUCAGAAAGAGUUGGAUCCAGAGUUACCAGAAGCAAAGAAAGUGAAGAGGGGGAAGUCAUUGGCUGAAAACCAUUUCAAUUCUGGGAACCCCACCAAUGCAAAGAAACACUCAUGUGGAAGCUCAUUUAAAUUAAUUGAACUAGGAAAGGAAGAUAAAGCUUUGGAGAGUGAUAACAUCAAAGAAGUUGACAAAAAAAUUUCAUCAAUAUCUGUGAAACAUGACUCACUUGGAGAAGGGCCAUUACAAGGGAAAUGUAUGAACUUUUCACUCAUUACUCACCGGACUAGGCGGCGGUCAUCAAUAUAUCUGUUGAAAGAGAAUGAGGAUCCAAUAAAUAGUCCUGGGCAAAGUAUGAGUGGUGCUAUAGAAGUUGGUGUCCUUAAGAAAAGAAGGAAGAACGAUCAAAAUGCUGAUAUGUUUCGAGUGUUAAAAGUUGGAGGAAAACGCUGCAAGGUAGGUUUGCAUGUGUCCGAGGAAGCUACAAACAUAAAAGUGAAUCAACAAGCACAAAAAGAGCUUGCUGUAGAUCCAGGUGACAUCCAUUUGAAGCUAGAUGUAUGGAGUUAUCCCAGAGGGAAAAGAAAAAAUCGAAAUGUGCCAUGUCAUUCAAAAGGAGUAACAGCCACCUGUCUCCCACCCACAUUGGUUGAGGGAGAAAAAGGCAAUGAGUAUUCUAUUGGAAGUCACAAAAAGACACAAGGGAAUUCUGAAACCAAUUGUUUCAGCUUGGAUGUAAUCAGAAAACCACGAUCGUCAGUACAUGCUCGCCAAAAGCGAACUUUACUGGUAAAGAAAUGUGACGAAAGCUUUUUAAGGCAGAGCUCAUAUGAACGAAGGUCAGCAGAUGUUGUUAACUGUAGUUCUGUAGUCAUGGUUGCAAAAAUGACUUCCAUAGACCCAGAUAGAGUCAAGGCCAGGAAUGCUAAGGCAUCUCUUCUAAAAUAUCCUAGCCCUGUCAACUUUACCGAAAAGGGUGAUGAAAAUUGCAAGCAAUUUUGCAACAAAAGUCUUUCAAGAUUCCCCCUUAUGAAAGAGCUUAUCAGCUUGGGGAUUCCUGGUCCACUACCUCAGUCUGCAUCAAAAUAUUUGAGAAGGCGAAGAGAUAUGGCUAGUGUUCGUGUCUUGUUCAGCCAAAACUUGGAUGAUGAUACAAUUAAGCAGCAGAAAAAGAUUUUGGCACGACUAGGCAGUUCCAUAGUAUCGUGUUGUUCAGAUGCUACACAUUUCAUAGCUGAUAGAUUUUUGCGGACAAGGAAUAUGUUGGAAGCCAUUGCUCAUGGUAAACCAGUGGUGACACAUUUAUGGCUUGAUAGUUGUGGACAAGCUAGCUGUUUUAUUGAUGAGAAGAAUUACAUCCUGAGGGAUGCUAAAAAGGAAAAAGAAAUUGGCUUUAGCAUGCCAGUUUCAUUGGCUCGUGCAAAACAACAUCCACUUCUAAAAGAUCGAAGAGUCUUCAUUACCCCAAACACAAAACCUAGUAAAGAGUUGGUUACAAGCAUGGUUGAAGCAGUGCAAGGUCGGAUAGUUGAUAUAAUUCAGAAACCUGAAAUGAAGAAUGAAACAAUCCCAGAUGAUCUAUUAAUCCUUUCUUGCGAACAGGACUAUGCAGUAUGCACGCCAUUCCUUGAUAAAGGAGCAGCAAUUUACAGUUCAGAGCUUCUUCUUAAUGGGAUAAUUACGCAGAAACUAGAGUUUGAGAGGCACCGGCUUUUCAAAAAAACAUUUCAAGAGUAACUGCCCUCGUGCAUAGGUCUGAAUGAAGGUGGUGAUUGUAUCUUCGUGUAGUUAUGUGUUAGUAGUUUUCCCCAUUU